GCGCCAACUUACAGCAUCACAGCGAUCGGCGUCGCGUAACCAAGUAGAUGCUUGCAGCGCAGCGAUUCUAUCUCGCACACGUUGUUAACGCAGCAUAUAUAUGCCCGCAUUGCCGAAACACCAGUAGGGUCGCAAGCACAUAUCGCCACGCCGCCCCUCAUCGUCGCAGGAAAGCACGGGCCGCGACAUUCGUAAGACGAGCUCAUUCCCUCUCGUACGAGUAUAACCCUCCAUCGGCUUCUCAAUACUACCACGCACUGCGUGAGAGAGACACCCCCCACCGGGGAACCCUCUCGCCAUGGCCUCUCCUUCGUCUCCCUCACCCCUCGUCGUCGUCGCUGCAUUCGCCAUUCUCUUCCUCCUCUCUUCGAACCCCAACUCGCCCCCCUUCACCUCAACCCCGCUCGCCGCGCAAGCCGCCAGCAGCAAGCCAUGGAUCGGCGUGAAUCUCGGCGUCGGUCUCUCCUCCAACCCCGUGUCGCUCACCAAGGCCGUCGAUAUAAUCAAGCGCCGCGGGUUCAGCGCCGUCAAGCUCUUCCAGCCGGAUCCCACGGCGCUAAACGCGCUGGCCGGAUCGGGCCUGCAGGUGAUGACGUGCGUGCCCAAUGAGCGGCUCGGGGAUUUCGCCAAGAGCGACUCGGCGGCGCUGUCGUGGCUGGACGCGAAUAUAAUGCCGUUCGUGACGAAGACGAAUAUCCUCGCCAUUGCGGUGGGGAACGAGGUGCUCUCCCCUGGCAACCCAUUCCUCAGUUCUCUUGUUCCCGCUAUGGAGUCGCUCUACAGGGCGCUCGUGGCUCGCAAGCUACACCGCAGAAUAAAGCUGGUCACGCCGCAGCACAUGAGCUUUCUGCAGGACACGUACCCGCCGUCCAGCGCGCAGGUGGUGCCCAGCGUGAGAGGCGAGGUGGCGAGCCUGCUAUCGUUCCUCAACCGAACAGGGUCCUACGCCGUGCUGAACGCGUACCCCUUCUUCUCUUACCUGAGCGACCCGAGCAACAUCCCGCGGGACUUUGUGUUCUUCAAGGGCGGGGCAGGGGCGUACGACGACAAGGGCCGCCGCUACUCCAACAUGAUGGAGGCCACCAUUGACGCUGCGCUCUGGUCCUUCGAGAAACUCGGCUUCUCCAACAUGCCUUUCAUUGUGGGGGAGACAGGGUGGCCGACGGCAGGAGCAGGCAUCGCCUCACCGUCCGCAGCCAAGGAGUGGAACACCGGGCUGGUGUCCUUUCUGCUCUCGCGCCGCGGCACGCCCAAGCGCCGCAACGCCCCCAUCCGCGCUUACCUGUUUGAGAUGUUUGACGAGGAUCGCAAGGACACGUCCAUUGGCGGUUUCGAGGCGUCAUGGGGGCUGUGCACCAUGCAGGGCGAGCCCAAGUACUCCCUCAACGUGCUGGGUAGUGGCAGCAGUGGCAGUAGUGGCAGCAGUGGCAGUAGUAGCCGCAACGGCAACGGCAGCAGCAGCAGCAGCGGCAGCGGCGGGAGUGGGGGUGGUGGCUCUGGAGGUGGCAGCUCACUCAAGUGGUGCGUUCCUAAGUCUACUGCAUCGAAGCAAGUUCUUAGCAAUGCAGUUGCAUGGGCUUGUUCUAGUGGCGGUGGCGGCAUGAACUGCCGGCCUCUCAUGUCCAAGUGUCCUGAUUCCAGCAAGGCUACUGUCAUCUUCAAUGAGUGGUACCAGCAACAAGGCCAGCAACCUGCAGCAUGCGACUUUGCUGGGGCUGCCACUACAAGCACUAAGGACCCUUCGCCAACCUCUCAAUGCAAGCUGAGAGGAAAACCUUGAGAACCAUCAAAGGCCUUUUCAAAAGACAAAAGAGAGUCACUGGUUAAUUGAAAGCAUUUUCGAUUGAGUCCAAAAUGCCCCCUUGUAAAUGUCAUUUACUCGAUUAGAGGUAGAGUGGAGUUGAUACACUUUGUAACUGUAUUCAUUAAUGUGCGAUGGGCGUGCCCUUGUGCUGUCCCA